CCCCUGUCUCUAAGGGACUUUGGAAUAGUCCACAACAAAGCCUCGCGAGAUUGAGCGAGAGCGGACGCAUCCUGGUUUGGGACUAACAUGGCGUCGCAGUCUGAAACCUCGACGUGGAUCAAGUUCUUCAUGGAGGCCGGGAUCCCGGCCGGACCGGCUGCGAGUUACGCCGUCACCUUCGCAGACAACCGGAUCCAGAAGACCAUGCUGCUGGAUCUCAGCAAGGAGAUCCUGAACGACAUGGGGAUCAUGGUGGUCGGGGACGUCAUAGCCAUCCUCAAACACGCAAAAACUGUCGCACAGCAGGCUCAGCCAUGUUUGUUUCCUCAGGAACAGAGAGACAAGGUGCUGCAGGUGUCUGUAGGGCCGCAGGACCCCCCACGGAGAAAACCUGCCGGAACACCGGCAAGCAGGAUGGUUGGCCACUACCUCAGGGAUUCUCCCAGCAACUCCCCCUAUAGGAUGUCCCUAGAUGGUGGUAUCACAAGUAUGAAGAGAACGAUUGUGACAGACCUGGAGGAGGAGGAGGUGGUGGGAGGGAUGAAGAAGCCCCGCCGCGUGGCUAUGCCGGAGGACGGGGCACAGACCAUCAUCGUCCGCAUGCCGGACAAGAUGCCAGCUGGCAAGAAGGGGUCAUCUGUGUUUGACAGACUAGGAGGGGACGGUUCAGGAGACGCUUCAAAACCAAAGGCCACAGGAGUGUUCAGUCGCCUGGGCAGCCAGUCAGAAGCAGAACCAGCACUAGAAUACCAGGGUGUCCUGAAGCAAAGCCCCAGUGCUGUCAAGGCUCUUGCUGCUGCUCCCUCGGCUCCUGCAACGGGCAAGAAAAGUGUCCACGACAGACUCGGGCCGCAGACCGCCGAGAAGGGCAUCAGGAAAAGACUGGGUCCUGAAAAGGUGGACUCCACAACGGGCACUGCUAAACCCAGCGUGUUGGCCCGUCUCGGGCAGAAGAGAACUGAGAAAGCAACAACAAAUGUGAAGAAAAUGGAGGCUUCGUCCAGUGACUCUGUAUCUGACGACGUUUCCGCCAAACUGUCAGCCGUGAGGAAAACCUCGGGCGUGAAGAAGGCUGUUACGUCUCCAGGGAAGAAAGGGAAGGGGUCGGUCUCUGUGGCAAAAGUCAGCAGCUCAGGGAUAUUUAGUUACGAAGACUCAGGAGAAGACGUAGGGAAGAAGGCUAUCGGGGGCGGGAGUGUGUUUGCGAGAUUGGGGAAGAUCUGAGAACUGUGGGACAAACCCACAAGACUAUUUUGUACAUCCUGGCUGGAUAACAAGAAAUAGAUCAGUUUAGUUUGGAGUUUUUAUGUACAUAUCAAAUUCUUACCCUUUCUGUAUGUAUGUAUGUAUAUGCUUGUACAAGACUUUGGUAUUAGAAGGCUUGUCAGAUAGGAAUUGUUAGAAUGAUUGACUGCAAGCCUAGUAUGAAUGUAGGCUUAGACUGUGAGACAACCAGAAUGUGAUGGACCACUAAAUUGUGUGCAGAACAUUGUUUUGUGUUUUUUUUACAUUUUAGAAAAUUUAGAGCGUGUUGGUGAUUUUGUGUGUAGCUACAAAGAAAAUGUAGCAUUCACUUCAUUUGUUUUUAAAGAAUUUUUCAUGUUACUGUCCACUGGUUUACAACAGAUUUUAUUCACAAACACUGCAAAGAUCUCAAGAUGUAAAG